AUGCCCCAGCCCAAUGAGACCCAGGGUAAAAAAAGGCUGAACAUCACUAGACAAGAUUCAGGUGAGAGAACAUGUGAAAUGAAAACCUUUAUAAACACCUAUUAAAUAAAGCAGCCCUUACAAAGUGCAGUAAUUGCAGUCAACUGUGGUAUUUUGGACGCAGUAAUUGCAGAUAAAAAAAAAAAAAAAACUUAUUUUGGACGCAGUAUUUGCAGCAUACUGCAGUUAUACCGCACUCUAACUGCAGUUAUACUGACUCUGACUGCAUUCUUUUUUCGUAAGGGAAUGUACCUUAUUUAGAGUAAUAUGUUGAUAUUUGCUGUUUGUGUGAUUCGGGUUAGGUGACACCUCAGAUGAUGAACCCUUGAUGAAGUUGUUGAAGAGACUUCCCAGACCUAAAAAAGCCACUGUACAAGCAAAGAGGCCAGGGACUACUUAUAUCAAAAGAGGAACAGGUAAUGGCAUCCAGAAGACAAACAACAAGAUCGCAGGUGAGAACCUCUCUCUAGCUCCUCUAAAUGUAUGUCCUGAAUACUGUAAAAUACAUAUACACACACACUACUAUUCUGAAUGGAUGAAUGGAAGGAGGCAUCAAUUUGUUUGGUCUAUGUUGUAAUUAUAGGUUCAACCCAGGAUGAGGACUCCUAUGACAGCUCAGACAAUGAACCCUUGAUAAAGAUGGUUAAAAAGCUCCCUAAACAGACAUCGUUACCAUUCAAAAAGAGACCCUUCAACACAGCCAGAGAGGUGAACGCUGUGAAGAAGCGCAGAAAUAACAUCCAGAACACUCAUAACAUAUGCACAGGUGAGACUAGUUCCUCAAUUCUUGUAUCUAGCCUAUAUUUGUAAGCUACAGGACUGUUUCGCUAGCACAGACAGGUAUAUGUUCCGGGAUUCAUCAGAUGGCAUUGAGGAGUUUACCACAUCCAUCAGUCACCAGCUUCAUUAAUAAGUGCAUCGACGACGUUGUCGCCACAGUGACCUUACGUACAUAUCCCAACCAGAAGCCAUGGAUUACAGGCAACAUCUGCACUGAGCUAAAGGCUAGAGCUGCCGCUUUCAAGAAACAGGACACUAAUCCGGACACUUAUAAGAAAUCCCGCUACGCCCUAAGACGAACAAUCAAACAGGCAAAGUGUCAAUACAGGACUAAGCUCGAAUCCUACUAAACCGGCUCUGAUGCUCGUUGGAUGUGGUAGGGGUUGCAAACUAUCAUGGAUUACAAAGGGAAACCCAGCUGAGAGCUGCCCAGUGUCGCGAGCCUACCAGACGAGCUGCUGAGGGAGGGCGGCUCAUAAUAAUGGCCGGAACGGAGCAAAUGGAAUGGCAUCAAACACAUGGAAACCUUGUGUUUGAUGUAUUUGAUACCAUUCCACCUAUUCUGCUCCAGCCAUUACCACGAGCCCAUCCUCCCCAAUUAAGGUGCCACCAACCUCCUGUGGCACCAACAGAUCCACAGAUUAUGUAAUCUCUGUUGUACUCCACACUGCCCUUUCCCACCUGGACAAAAGGAACACCUACGUGAAAAUGCUGUUCAUUGACUACAGCUCAGCGUUCAACACCAUAGUGCCCUCCAAGCUCAUCACUAAGCUAAGGACCCUGGGACUGAACACCUCCCUCUGCAACUGGAUCCUGGACUUCCUGACGGGCCGCCCCAAGGUGGUGAGGGUAGGCAACACAUCCGCCACGCUGACCCUCAACACAGUCCCCUCCUGCUAAGUCCCCUCCUGUACUCCCUGUUCACACACGAAUGCGUGGCCGCGCAUGACUCCAACACCAUCCUUAAGUUUGCCGACGACAUGACGGUGGUAGGCCUGAUCACAGACGACGAUGAGACAGCCUAUAGGGAGGUCAGAGACCUGGCAGUGUGGUGCCAGGACAACAACCUCUCCCUGAACGUCAGCAAGACUAUCAUGGACUACAGGAAGCGUAGGGCCGAACGCCCCCAUUCACAUCGACAGGGCUGUAGUGGAGCGGGUCGUGCGCUUCAAGUUCCUUGGUGUCCACAUCACUAAGGACCAAGGACAACGCCUCUUCCCCCUGGCUGAUCUUAAAAUAUUUGUCAUGGGUCCUCAGAUCCUCAAAAAGUUAUACAGCUGCACCAUUGAGAGCAUCUUGACUGGCUGCAUCACCGCUUGGUAUGGCAAAUGCUCGGCAUCCGACCGCAAGGCGCUACAGAGGGUAGCGCGUAUGGCCCAGUACAUCACUGGGGCCAAGCUUCCUGCCAUCCAGGACCUCUAUACCAGGCGGUGUCAGAGGAAGGCCCUAAGACUCCAGCCACCCUAGUCAUAAACUGUUCUCUCUGCUACCGCACGGCAAGCAGUAUUGGAGCGCCAAGUCUGGGACCAUAAGGCACCUGAACAGCUUCUACCCCCAUGCCAUAAGACUGCAGAAAAGUUAAUCAAAUGGCCAACUGGAGUAUUUACAUUGAUCCCCUUUCAUUUAUUUAUCUUAAUUGUUUUACACUGGCUCUAUGCACAUUCACUAGACUCUACCCAAACACUCACACAUACUACACUGACACUCCAACACACACACACACACACACACACACUACAUAUGCUCAGACACAAAACACACUCACACAUACAUAUUGACGCCACACACACUCACACACUCACACUUUCACACUCUUCACAUACGCUGCUGCUACUCUGUUUAUUAUCUAUCCUGAUUGCCUAGUCAUUUUUACCCCUACCCACAUGUAUUACCUCAACUACCUCGUACCCCUGCACAUUGACUCGGUACUGGUACUCAUUGCAUAUAGCCUCGUUAUUGUUUUUGUUGUUACUAUUUCCUUUUUAUUUAGCAAAUAUUUGCCUACUUUUUUAACUCUGCAUUGUUGGGAAUGGGCUCGUAAGAAAGCAUUUCACUGUGAAGUCUACACCUGUUGUAUUCGGCGCAUGUGACCAAUAAAAUUGGAUUUGAUUCAUAUACAGAAAUUUACUAAAUGGCUUUAGCGGGUGCUAAACUUGCUUUUCCUGUUCAUCUUAUCGUCUAUGUAACCAGACUCAUCAGGUGACAGCUCCGAUGAUGUGCCAUUGAUCAAGAUCAAGACACAAACCCGAACAAAGACGCUCCCUACAACAGCCAGAAAAACACACGGCAUUAAAAAGCCCAGUAAAGUUCUUAAAAAACACAACAGGAGUAUAGGUGAGAACACAUAGCACCUCUUGUCUAUAUGCUUUCACUAUGGCAUAAUAUUUCUGACAGUUGUAUCCUUGAUUCUAAUCCAAUAGUCUUGUGUUCUGAUUGCAUGGUCAGAGUCCUCCAAUGACAGCUCAGAUGAUGAACCAUUGAUUAAUCUAACCAGGAGGUCUCCAUCUAAAGACACUGUGAGGACAAUAGUGAAGAGGUGUGUCGCUAAGGAGUCCAAUGGCAACAACUGUAGUCGAAGUGAAGGCAAAACAAGCAGAGGUAACUUCUCCUACAGAGCACAUUUUUACAAAUAUUGCUGAGUAUGCUGGCAGAUCAUGUUUUAGAUGGGUCUCUCUGUCUUUCCUUUUAUCCUGUUUGAAUUUUCAGAGGAAGAGGUGAAUUCUGAUUCUGAUGAUGAGCCCUUAAUUAGUCUAGCUAAAAAGCCUCUUAAAGCUGUAAAGAAGACCACGACACCAGUAAAGAAGAGGAGUGUGCCAGGAAAGACAAACAAAGCAGUCAAUAGAUGGAGCACCAAAUAUGUUCAAAGCACGAGUGAAGGUGUUAAUACUUUUUCAGCACUUGUCAAAGCAGGGAUUUCAAAGCAAUCCUAAAAACACCCUAGAAUAGAUUAGGUUGAGUCUUGUUAUGCAAUAGUUGAUUUGUAUUGCUUUAUCAGGGUCUUUGGAUGAUAGAUCAGAUGAUGAGCCCUUGAUUAAGAAGAUGGUGAGAAAUCCACCAAUGAAGACCCUGAUGGUUAUUCUGGAGAGAUGUGACACUAAAGAAGCCUUGGAAGAUCACUGUAGAGCCAAUGUGGGAAACGCGGGCGAAAGAAGUGCAGGUAAGAAUUCCUCUUAUUGUAUAUUUCCCUUCCCAUUUGGAGUAUCUUUGACAUAGUCGAGAGCUGCACUGUUUGAUAAAUAACAUUGAAAUCUGUCAUUGUCUACCUAUUAUGCUGUACUUAUUUGUUUUUUGUGUAUUUAUAUGGAAGAGGAGAACUCCGAUGAUGAAAUCUUGUUAAAAAUGGUCACGAAUCCCCCUCAUUCUUCACCAGAAGCUAUGGCAGAGAAGAGAAAUCAGUCACAAGACUUCUCUGACGAUGAACCUUUGAUAAAGAUGGUUGGAAACCCAGUCAUUAUCAUGGACUAG